AUGGACAAUUCACACAGUAGAAGUAGAAGAAUAUUACAAUUAGUUGCUCAAAAAGGUAGUCAAAAUCCAGUACCUGAAAAAAUGGAAGAAAGAUGCCGAAGUUUAGUUUUUACAGAAACUAAAUCCAACCAUUUGCAAACAUCCAGCAAGGACUUCGCUUCGUUUAACAAAGAAAACUUAUCCAGUGAUGACAGCGGUGACUUUUCACCCGUUUCGGAUGAUGACAGAACAUACGCACCCCCCAAAAAAAGAUGCCGUAAAUCUAGCUCUUCAUCUACUUCCAGAUCUUCAUCUUCUUCCAGCUCGUGCUCCUGUUCUACAAGAUCUUCUACAUGUUCUUCAAGUGCUUCCUCACAUUCUUUAACUAAAUCUGUAGCUUACGUAGAUGAAAAAAAUGCAGAACUUUCUAAUGAAAACGAAAUAAUCAUACAUGAAGAAGUAGUAAGUAAAAAUGGUGGUGAUUUGACGACAAUUAUAAAUGAGAAUAAUUCAAAUUAUUUUAACGAGGAUUUUAAUGAACAUGUUAUAUCUAACGAUGUUGGUGAAGAGUUGUUAACUAUAACAGAUAAUGAAAAUGUUCGAAUUGCAAAUAAUAAUGUCGUGGAGGAUAUUCCAUCUGCGGUUGGAAAUGGGAUCGACAAACCUAGGAAACAAAAAAAAAAUGAACGAUAUGCCAAAACUGUUAAGCUGAAUAAGAGCGUAGACGGCCAAGUUGUAAAACUGUCUAAUUUAAAAGUAAUCAAAGUUGAGAAAAACGAACAUGAAGACAUAAAAAUUAGCUACAAAACAUCUUACUUUGAUGAUUUUAAAGAGCUUGACUUAAAUAAAAGAUCCAAUAGAAAUAGUCGUCCUUCAGAAAUCAAACCUCUGUAUCAGCGUAAAUUGGAUAUAUCACAGAGAAAGAAAGAUGAUGUUAACGUAAAUCAAAUUAGAAAUUUGGGCUGUGGGACUUCAAAUUUGGAAGCUGAAGAAAUGAGUAAUCAAAAUGUGAAAGGACAUAAUUCUACAAGUUCAGUUCAGGUCAGUGAAAAGGCAGAUUUGGAUUCUAAAGAAGUCAUUAAGCAAAUUACGCAACCGACAAGAAAUUUAGAGACACGUGUUGUAUGA